GCGCGCACACACCAGGAAGCAGCACAAUGUGGGCGUGCGCAGGCACUCGUUUCGGAUUUAACAGGCCAGCAGCAUCUCCACAGCUGGAAACUACAAGUCGCUGUCUCUCGGAAACAAAGGUGUCUAACUGCGACGGCCAAGCUUGAGUCAUGUGUGGGAUCUUUGCCUACCUGAACUACCGAGUGACUCGCACCAGAAAGGAGAUAUAUGAGACGCUGGUGAAGGGACUGCUGAGGCUGGAGUACAGAGGGUACGAUUCAGCAGGCAUCGCUGUGGACGGCCCCAAGAAGACGACCAAUGACGGCACCAUCUGCAUAAUUAAGACCAAGGGGAAGGUCAAGGCUCUGGAUGAAGAGCUUUACAAGAAGGACUCCCUGGACCUGGAGGAGAAGCUGGACACACACUUUGGCCUCGCUCACACUCGCUGGGCCACACACGGAGAGCCCAGCCCUGUCAACAGCCACCCUCACCGCUCGGACAAGAACAACGAGUUCGUUGUUAUCCACAAUGGCAUCAUCACAAACUACAAAGAGCUGAAGGCGUACCUCAUCAACAAAGGAUACGAGUUUGAGUCCGAGACGGACACAGAAGUCAUCCCAAAAUUGACCAAAUAUGUUUACGACAACCGAGAAAAUGACAGCAUCACCUUCUCAACCCUGGUGGAGAGGGUCAUUCUGCAGCUGGAGGGGGCCUUCGCUCUGGUCUUUAAGAGCCGUCAUUUCCCUGGAGAGGCUGUGUCGACCAGGAGAGGAAGUCCGUUGCUCAUUGGUGUGCGCAGCGAGCAGGAGCUGACGACUGACAACAUCCCCAUCCAGUACAACAGUGUUCAGGAGAAGAACAGCCACAAUCGUCCCGACAGCUCCAGCCCCAUCGACUGUGUGGGGGACGGCCGGCCUGUGGAGUAUUACUUUGCCUCUGAUGCCAGCGCCAUCAUCGAGCACACCAACAAGGUGCUGUAUCUGGAGGAUAACGACAUCGCAGUGGUGAACGCCGGGAAGCUGUCCAUCCUCCGGGUGAAGCACCAGCAUGGUGAGGAUCCAGUGAGGGCCAUCCAGACCCUGCAGAUGGAGCUGCAACAGAUCAUGAAAGGUAACUUUGAUGCUUUCAUGCAGAAGGAGAUCUUUGAGCAGCCGGAGUCCGUCGUCAACACCAUGAGGGGACGGAUUUGCUUCGACUCAAAGACAGUGAUUCUCGGUGGGCUGAAGGACCACCUGAAAGAAAUCAAACGAUGCAGGCGGCUGAUUGUGAUCGGCUGUGGGACAAGCUUCCACGCUGCAGUGGCUACCAGACAGGUCCUCGAGGAGCUGACGGAGCUGUCAGUCAUGGUGGAGCUGGCAAGCGACUUCUUGGACCGCAACACGCCUGUUUUUAGGGACGACGUUUGCUUCUUCAUCAGUCAGUCAGGAGAGACAGCCGACACCUUAAUGGCGCUCCGCUACUGCAAGGGUCAAGGUGCUCUGACGGUCGGCGUGACCAACACUGUCGGCAGCUCCAUUUGCAGAGAAACAGACUGCGGCGUCCACGUCAAUGCUGGGCCGGAGAUAGGAGUGGCUAGCACUAAGGCUUACACCAGUCAGUUUGUGGCCCUCAUCAUGUUUGCCCUCAUGAUGAGCGAGGACAGGCUCUCCAGACAGCAGAGAAGAAUGGAGAUCAUCGAAGGCCUCAGGGUGUUGCCCGAGCUGAUAAAGAAAGUGUUGGCCCUUGAUAAGAAGAUCAAAGCCAUCGCUGAUGAACUCUAUGAGCAGAAGUCUCUUCUGGUUAUGGGCCGAGGUUUCCACUACGCCACCUGCCUGGAGGGGGCGCUGAAAAUUAAGGAGAUCACCUACAUGCACUCCGAGGGCAUCCUGGCCGGGGAGCUGAAGCACGGCCCUCUGGCCCUCAUAGACAAGGACAUGCCGGUCAUCAUGAUCAUCAUGAGGGACGCCUGCUACACCAAGUGCCAGAACGCUCUGCAACAAGUCACUGCCCGAUCGGGUCGGCCCAUCAUCCUUUGUUGCCAGGACGACCCUGAGAUCAGUCAGAUGGCCUACCACACCAUUGAGCUGCCGCAUACUGUGGACUGUCUGCAGGGGAUCCUCAGCGUCAUCCCCCUGCAGCUCCUGUCCUUCCACUUGGCUGUCCUGCGAGGAUAUGACGUGGACUUUCCCAGAAACUUGGCCAAAUCUGUGACUGUGGAAUAAUCACAGUAUGCGAAGCACAACAGAGGAGAAAGGAGCCGUGUAGAUUUACAGUCCAAUUGUGCAAUUUAUUCAGUAUGUUUGAUUGUGUGAGUGUGUGCGUGUGGGUGCGUGUUUUAAGGUUAGGGUUAUGGCACUUUGUAUGUGUGCAUGCAACAAAGAAGGCGUGCAUGAGAGAAACUGACAGAGUGAGGUAUACUGUACAAUUAGUUUAUUUUUUUAAAUAGAGAAAUGUGAAGUCCAAAUCUGACCAAUGAAUCCACUGCUGUGGACAAGCCAGUGCCAUUGAGGCUUCACACAUCCAAAGCAUCCCACACGCUGUGCCUUUUUCUUAUCUCAACAUGAGCCAAAAAAACGUCUAAGUAAGGCCUUGAUAUGGUGUAUUGAAGUGUUUACAGUUGUGCACUAAGGGGACCAAAUGGGUAGUAUGCAUGCACAGAAUCAUGAAUGAGGUGAUUUAUUCUUUUUCCUGUUUUUAAUGGUUUUCUUAUUUUGACUGGGGUCGUCUUACCUCUCUUUGAAUAAUGGGAAAUGUAGGAAUCAAACUCUUAUUUUAAAGUUCUCAAAAUGCUAAAAAUCUCUUUAUUUAUCUAUAUAGAAAAGAAUAUGUUGCUGCACAUCAAUGUUCCUGGAAAGCCAUU